CUAUUCGUUUUGUGCAUUAAAUAUGUAGGGCUUUAACGUGUUAGAUUGUAAUUCCAUUACAAACGUACCCGUAGUUUUUUGUACGAGCGUUUUGACGCUUUCGUUUGGUUUAAAACAGCAUGAAUUAUGGGGAUGGAAGUGAAAGGGAACCAUUAUCAAAAACGUUUACAAAGCAAAGUCAUUCCCGAUUCAAUCUUGGUUCAUUUGGACUUGGAGCAUGCGUUGGUGGAAUAGUUGGCCUCGCACUUUUCUUCGGUUUAUACUUUGGUCUCCCACCAAGGUCUAUUGAAGUCAUUACAACCAGUACAUUGUCUCCAACUACACCCCAACCCACGCCUACAUAUUCUGCCGUAUAUGACAACGCAGCAGUUGCAUCUGAUGCUGGACCUUGUUCGAAAGUUGGAGUUGAUAUUUUGAAGGAAGGAGGAAAUGCUGUUGAUUCAGCCAUCGCUGCCAUUCUAUGUGUUGGAUUACACAACUCACACAGUUGUGGUAUUGGUGGUGGAUUCUUCAUGACAUUAUACAAUGCAACAACUGGUGAAGCCACGUUUAUAAAUUCAAGGGAAGUAGCUCCAGCGGCAGCUGAUAAAAACAUGUUUAAAGGAAAUCCAGACCUGGCAGUGCUAGGUACCCUUGCUGUUGCUGUGCCUGGUGAAAUAGCUGGUUUAUGGGAGGCACACCAAUCUCAUGGUAAACUACCAUGGUCGAGGUUAUUUCAACCAUCCAUAGAUAUGGCAGAGAAUGGUUAUUUUGUGAGUGACGCAAUGGCAAAAGCGAUUCAGUCAUCCGCUGCUUAUAUUCAAAACAGAACUUUCAACUUAUGGCCAGUAUUUGAGAAUGAUGAUGGAUCAUUAAAGAAAUAUGGAGAUCCAAUCAGACGUCCUUUGCUUGCACAAACAUUGAAAACUAUUGCCAAGGAAGGAGCGUCUGCUUUUUAUAAUGGAAGUCUUACUUAUGACAUCAUAAAAGACUUGAAUGAAGGGUUUGGUGAAAACAGAAUCACUGCAGAAGAUUUGUGGAAUUACAGAACAGAAGUAAAACCAGCAAUAAACAUCACUUUGGAUGAUCUUACCGUGUUUUCACCAGGACCCCCAGCAAGUGGGCCUGUUAUGAGUCUCAUAUUAAAUAUUCUUGAUGGUUAUGAUUUUUCCUCAUCUGCUCUGAAAAAUAAGGAGAACCAAGUCCUUACAAUGCACAGGAUAGUGGAAGCAUUCAGGUUUGCUUAUGCCAAAAGAUCAAACUUGGGAGAUGAGAGAAAUAAUCCAAAUAUAACAGAGUUAGUGAAGAACAUGACAGCGGACUGGUACGCUGAUGAUCUUCGUUUAAAAAUCAACGACGAUCAUACUUGGCCGGUUGAUUACUACGGUCCUGACUGGUCAGUUCCUGACGACAGUGGCACGGCGCAUCUCAGUGUUCUUGCUCCCAAUGGUGAUGCUGUGGCAAUCACAAGCACAAUCAAUCUAUAUUUUGGAAGCAAAGUUCGUGGUAAAUAUACAGGGAUCAUUUUCAACAAUGAGAUGGAUGAUUUCUCCUCACCUAAUAUCACCAAUGCAUUCGGUGUUCCACCAUCGCCAGCUAACUUCAUAUACCCUGGUAAUCGACCGUUGUCCAGUAUGACGCCAACAGUGGUCACAGAAACAAAGAAUGGUAGGAUGAGAGCAAAAAUGGUGGUUGGAGCAUCUGGUGGAACUAAAAUUACAACGGGGACAGCUUUGGUUACAAUGAACUCGUUAUGGUUUGGAUUUAAUGUUGGGGAAAGUGUUGAAAUGAAGAGAAUUCACGACCAACUUAUGCCAAAUGUGACGCAAUGUGAAGCAGGCCUGGACCCGGAAAUCAUAUCUGGUCUUGAGGCCAAGCAACACAUAACAGAAAUUGUGUCUUCUGCUGGGUCUGUGGUACAAGCCAUUGUUGUGUUACCUGAUGGUAAAGUGAGCGCUGCAUCUGAUUCUCGAAAAGGUGGAUACCCUGAUGGGUUCUAGGUGCUAUAGAAAUAACAUUUUUAUACAGAGAUAGGUGCAGGGGAUUUUAAAAGUUUAACACAGACUAAAAUUUUAGUUAUUUUACUGUAUAUAUCAGGUUUUGUAUUUUUUAGGUAACUGCUGUAUUUUAUAACUUUUGUCGAUCAUUUAAAUUUUAAACCUAAAGUAAUUAUUGACAAAGUGUACCUUGGUGGUAUUUCUUUAUGUAUUUUUACCUUGCUUCAAUUCGUUCAUUCCAAAACUUUUUUUUUUAUAAAUCAAUUGUUUUGUAAUCAGUCUCAUAUGAACUCACCUUUGUCAACUCAACUUUUAUCUUUUUUACUUCAUUAAUCUGACUAUGCAUACUCAUUUAAUUUCUAAUCAAUAAUCACUGUACAUAUUCUUAACAGUCGAUUUUUAAAUGUGGAAGUUGUGCACUUUAUAAACAUUGUUGCUGAUACCAAA